AUGGCCCCCAAUCAGCCUCCCAGCUCCGACAAGACCAUCCGGAAAAUUGACAUUGCACAGGUUUCCCUCAGCCUUCAAGAUCGGUUAGGCCUCGCCAAAGUCAAAUACCAAAACGGCCGUCUACAUAAACUAGACCCUUCUCGGAAUGAAAAUCGGAAAGCACUCUUUCUGGGCAGUGACAACAAACCCUCCGACUCGUCCAACCUCUCCCGCAGCCGUUGCGAAACGCCCUUGACAUCGCCCCCUUUACAUACCUCGACAUACUCGAAAGAGUUACCUCGAUCCUCUCGGAAUAAGCAUGCGGCCACAUUCAAUUCUCACCUGAUGCAGCCCAUGCUGUCGACCAGUCGGAAACGGAUAAGGUCGGAUCUGAGUCCUGAGCGUACGGCUAAAGCUCCACGGGUUUCCUGGAAGAGUACAUAUCAGCUGCCAGAAUCCUCUCCGGGCUUCAGUCGACGUCCUCGGAAUGCUAUCCACCACCCACCUCUCCUGUCUGAGAGUGCAACCAUUCCGGAGCUCUCGUCGCCUGCCCCAUAUCAUGCUCAUUCGGACGAUGACAAUGAUCCAGACCUUCCUGUCCACAGUUUCCAGCACGUCAGCUCCAUGGUGAGCUCGUCCCCCCCUCGUACUCCGCCGCCCAGACAUUCUCGCCAGUCCUGGACAGAGCGAGAAUUACAAAACGAGGAUGGUGCGGACCUACUUCUCUUCCUAGCCAAUUCGCCUACUCCGGCCAGGACGGCAGUGAAGACACAGCCGCGGGAUUUCCCUCCCUCCACUCCGCCCAGCCAGCAUGCCGUAUUGCCCGGGCUGACACCCACACCUGGUGGUGGAGGACUCUUUGGUAAUAUUGGGACUCCCAAUCAACAAUUCAAUUUUGCCGAUUUUGUCAAUGUGACUCCGAGUCCCGCACAGCCCCCAUGGGGCGGUCGUACUCCUGGGGGUCCUACACGAACGCCUCUUGCCGCCAGAGAUGCCAGAAAACGGCUCAACUUUGACAACCUUGUACCACCAAGUGCUGAGAGCCCCAAGAACCGCGAGAAGGGGUCGGGCGCGCCCUUACAGCUAGGUGGAGAAUUGCGACCUUAG